AGACUCGAGAGUGAACUUGAAAAUAAAGAGAAAGUGUUAAAGGAAAACACAAGUCUUCUUCAAGAGAAUAAAGAGUUAAAAGAGCGUCUUGCAACACUUGAAGACCUAAAUGGAAUGAGACAUUCAGGUUCCGAGUCUAGCAAUGUCAGGCCGUCGUCGCAAUCAAAGAAUGGCCAGACAAAUGUGCCAAGCGAUGUAAACAAACCCUAUUCCAGUGACAGCAGUAUGCUCAUCAUGGAUCUGAGGGCACAGUUGUCACUUAAAGAAGCAGAAAAUCAAGAAUUACAAGCCAAACUUGUGAAUGUAAAUACCUGUUUCCCACUGGAUGCCGAACCUGUAAAGUUGCCCUUACAGCAAAUUGAAGCAGAAAAAUAUCUGCAGUUCGAGACCGCUAUAGAACAGUUACAGAUGGAGAAGGUGAAACUGGCAGAAAAUGUGAAAGAGUUGCAGAGGAAGCUUGGUAAAUCCCAAACUGAAAUCACCAAUACAAAACUUUCGAUGGCUCAGAGAACUAGUCAGUUUCAACUCAUACAGGAAGAGCUGCUGGAGAAAGCAUCAAAGUCAACAAAGCUAGAACAGGAAAUAGCAAAGAAAUCACAGAAGAAUGCCUCUCUGCAAAAACAGUUGGAAGAAAGGUCUCAGGCUUGCUCAGCUGCUGUAGCUAGGAAUGCAGAGCUGGAGGAAGAACUGAUGGAAUUUAAAGCCCAGAUAGUUCACUUGGAAGAAAACAUUAGCAAAGAGCAUCGAGAAGUUCUCCUGGCAUUUGAAAAGUCUAAAACUAUCCAUCAAGAACAACAGAGUGAACUCUUGAAGCAAAUAGAGCAUCUCCAGUGUCAGCAGGAGAUGAAGAAUCUUCGAAUAGCAGAACAAGACUAUACUAUUAAAAUGUUACAAGAAGACACUGUAGCAAAGCAACAGCAGAUAAUAUCUCUGGAAACCCUACUAGUGGAAACUAGAAAGGAACUGGAUCAUGAAAGGAAAGACACAGUAGAUGCGAUUAAAGUGCUUGAGAAUCAAGUUGAGGAGGAAACAUUAAAGGUGAAACAGCUUGAAUCAGCCCUGGCUAUAUGUAAAGAAGAGUUGAGCCUUUAUUUACAACAGCUGGAAGGCAACAGAGAAGAUUUUGAAGAUCAGAUAAAGAAAAAAUUAGAGGAGGUUCAGUGUUUGCGAAAGGAAAUGAAGUUAAAGACUCAAAGUCUUCAGGAAACCAGUGAAGAAAAUGUACGGUUGCAACAGGCACUUCAACAGCAGCAACAUAUGUUACAGCAGGAAACUGCUCGAAUCGGAGAGCUUGAGGACACCCAGGCACAGCUACAGCAACAGAUUUCCAAGUUGGAAUUUGAUCUGGAGAAGCAAAGAUCAUCUUUCCAAGAAGGAUUGAAAACCACAGAAAAGAAAUUACAAGCAGCCAGUAAGGAACUAGCUCUGAAAACCCGCAACAUUCACCAGCUGAGCAACAGCAUGGAGCAGGUACAGUGUGAAUUGGACAGUUGCAGAGAGAAGUUGAUGCACACUGAAGAGCAGCUGUUGUCUGUCACUGCUUAUGGGGAGUCUAAGAACAACAGACUGAGUCAGAUGGAUUUGAUUUUACAGAAAACACAGACUGAACUUAAUGACAAAGCACAGCUGGUCACUUUGUUACAAGAAAGAGUGAAUAGAGCUGAAAGGGAUCUCAAGAGAAAAGAAGAAAUGGAAAUGGAGCUUCAGCAUUUGCAGAAGCAGUUGCAGGAGAAUCUCAAACAUGUUGAAGAACUUCAAGAGACACUUACAAAGACCCACCUAUUAGUGGAAGAAAAGGAAGUCAUUAUACAAGCCCUUACAGAAGAAUUAAGGACAUGUAAGAAUGAACUGGAUGAGAGAGACCAUGAGCUGCUGGAUAUGGACCAGGCCCUGAAAGACAGGAACUGGGAACUAAAACAGAGGGCAGCCCAGCUAACCCAGCUGGACUCAACUAUUCGGCAACACAAAGAAGAACUGGAGCAGAAAAUUAUUCAUCUGGAAACUGCCUUAUUGAAUUCUGAACUGGAAAUAAAAGAUCGUAUGUCACAGAUUUCAUCCUUGCAAGAAAAACUACAAGAAAUGGGGGAUCAGCUUCAAGAAAAAGACCUUGACCUGCUUCAUAAAGAUCAAUUUUUAAAUCACCUACAUAAAGAAAUUGAGAAAAAGGAAGUGACUAUAACUGAAUUGGAACAUACACUGAAGUCGCAGCAGAGCCGCAUCUCAGAACAGCAGAAAGAAGAGAAGGAGCUAAAUCAGCAAGUACGGCUAGCCCGAGAACGGAUGCAAUUAACCCACCAGGAACUCAUGGAAACCCGACAGCAGCUGGCCGAAGCUAAUAAAGAAUCAGACAGGCUUACACAUAAGCUGGACGGAAUUGAUCGUCUUUCCAGAGAAAAGCUGCAGCAGAUGAAACAAGAUUUGGAUGAAGCAGAAGAUACAAUCUGCAAUUUAAAAAUUGAGCUUGAAGCCAGAAAUGAGGUGAUCAAAGCAACUAAUGAAGUACUGAUCCUGAAAGAAUCUGAGCUGACCAGAUUGAAAGCUCGCAUGUCAGGAUGGGAAAGAAAGCUUGGCCUUAACCAACAGUUAACCACAUCUUCUCUGUCUCCUGAUUUACUUGGUGAUUAUGAAGUGCUUGAAUCCUGCAAGUUCCCUGAUUCCUCCGACUUGAAAAACUGGAGGACACAGCACUCCAUGAGUGACCUAAGCCUUACAGACAUCAGCUCAUUAGAUCUCCCUAAAAACACGAUAGAUGCCAUGAAGGAUUCCCCACUAGGAAGAAGUACUGACACGACUACCUACAGCAGCGAAAGCUUGAAUGACACUUCAUUCAAUCCUCUUGCGUAUGCAGUAGAUGAUCACUGUGAUAGGAUCUCAGAUUGCCAUGAUCUAGGCACACUCAGUGGAAUGCUGAAAUACAUUAAACGAGAGAUGAAAUUAUCUGAAGCCUCCCAGGCACACAGCCCAGACAAGAAUCUGUGGAGUGAGGAGGGUUGCCAAGAAAAACAGACUUAUAUCCCACAAUCUACACAAGAAUGA